AUGGCGGUGGCUUUGCAACUGACAUCCUUCUGCGUCGCUCUCAUUUCGACCCUCUUCCUGGUCGCGGCCACAUGGACCGACUGCUGGAUGGUUAAUGCUGAUGACAGUUUGGAGGUCAGCCACAAAUGCAGAGGACUGUGGAGGGAGUGUGUCACCAACAUGCAAGACGGCAUCAGGACCUGCGACCAGUACGACUCCAUUUUAGCAGAGCACCCCUUGAAGAUUGUGGUGACUCGAGCAUUGCUGAUCACAGCUGACAUCCUCUCGGGAUUCGCGUUAGUCUUGCUGGCGCUGGGCCUCGACUGCAUCAAGUUUCUCAAGGACGAGCCACAGGUUAAGCUGAAGAUGCGGUAUUUGUCAGGAUUAGUCCUGGGAAUCGGAAGUGUCCUCGGACUGGUGGGCUCUGUCUGGUAUGCUGUCGACGUCUAUUUGGAGAGGACCAAUCUUGUCUUGCACAGUGUGUUCUUGGGAGUCCAUUAUGACUUUGGAUGGUCUUGCUGGCUGGGAAUGGUGGGGUCCUUGGGAUGCUUCAUGGCGGCCAUUGUGUUGACCUGCUGCCUUUCUGCCACAUCAGGAGGUGCUGCCCCCCGCAGGAGACCUCAGCGCCUGACACACCAUUUGCCCAUAGUCACUUGCAAGAUGUAUGCCAUGGCUUCCCGCGUGUGA